AUGAGCACUAAACUAGUCUUUACUAUUAAAGCAGGAUGUGCCGUCGUGAUAGUUCAACCAGGAUGGUUCGACCUCCGAGCGAUCCCACCUCCCACAAAAUCGACAAGCGAUAAAUCUGGUUCCACCCCCCCCCCUCCCCCCGAUUUUUUCCCUUCGACAGGGUUCGUUUGUUCGCUCGCUCGCUCGCUCUUCCAUCUCUUCCUCGCAGGAGCUCUUCGAUCUCUUCCUCGCCAUGCCUCCCUUCCACGAUUGCCGCGAUGGCGGUCUGCUUGUCCUGGACCCGGCAGUGGCGGCUCUGUUCGGCGGCGUGCGACAUCGAAAACGCGCGCGCGUCACGACCGUGCACCCCCGCGUCUUCUCCGCUGGGGAGGAGGCACUCCGGGCGGCGCCGGCGGCCAAGAGGCAGAGGCUGAGGGAGGCGCUGACACCCUCGACGCGCUCCCGGACGGGUGCCUCUUCGAGGUCCUGCGCCGCGUGCAGGGCGCCCGCGCGUGGGGCGCCUCCUCCUGCGUCUCCCAUCGCUGGCUCGCGCUUCUCGGCGGCAUCCGCGCCUUCGAGAUCAAGCGGGCCCAAGCCCUCGCCGUGCCGGACCUCAACCAGGUCUUCAUCUGCGAGGACGAGGCCGGGGCCGAGGCAGCCUCCGUGCACCCGGGCCGCUCCGAGAGGACCCUCGAGGUGCGAGGCCGCCAAGGAAGUCGCCCUAACCGCGACGGACGGCCUCCGCGGCAGCCUGGAGAGCGUCCUUCGGCGACGGCUCUGUUCGGCGGCGUGCGACGUCGGAAACGCGCGCGCGUCACGGCCGUGCACCCCCGCGUCUUCUCCGCUGUGGAGGAGGCACUCCGGACGGCGCCGGCGGCCAAGAAGCAGAGGCUGAGGGAGGCGCUGACACCCUCGACGCGCUCCCGGACGGGUGCCUCUUCAAGGUCCCGCGCCGCGUGCAGGGCGCCCGCCCGUGGGGCGCCUCCUCCUGCGUCUCCCAUCGCUGGCUCGCUCUUCUCGGCGGCAUCCGCGCCUUCGAGAUCAAGCGGGCCUAGGCCCUCGCCGUGCCGGACCUCAACCAGGUCUUCGUCUGCGAGGACGAGGACGAGGACGAGGCCGGGGCCGAGGCAGCCUCCGCGCGCCCGAGCCGCUCCGAGAGGACCCUCGAGGGCGAGGCCGCCACGGACGUCGCCCUAACCGCGACGGAUGGCCUCCGCGGCAGCCUGGAGAGUGUCGUUGUACGUGGGAGCCACCCGACGCGCGGCGUCACCGACAGCGGGAUCU